CACUCCGUACUAAAAUUCAUCUAUAUAUUCAAACCUUGCUGUUAAAAGUGCAGUUAGCCAUGAUUACAGUAAUACUAUGCUAUACUUCAGCCCUUAUCGGGUCAUUGAUUUUCCUUGUGUAUCACAUCAAUUUGUGGAAGUAUCCAAUAUACUACUCUGCCCCUUUGAUUUUGGCUGUGUAUCUACCAAUGUCUGUGACAAUUCUAUUGCCUCUUGACUAUGUUAGUCAUACAAUGGGCCCAAUAGCAGGGGUUCAAUUGAGUGACAAAUCAAUUCUUUUCUUGUGGAAAGGAACUUAUUGGUCCACAUUUAUACUCACGUGGGUGAUUUUACCAAUCCUCAAAGAGUUCUAUCGCGUUGGAAACCACCUGAAACUAGAAAAGCUUAAGGCAUCAUUGAGAAGAAAUGCUAAGUUUCAAGCCAUUUCUCUCUUGUGCUCUGUUGCAUGCGCAGUAUAUCUCAUGCUUGAGGUUGGAUUGACAUUCAAGAAUUUAAAGUCUAUGAUCAUCGCCCUUUCUCACAUAUAUGCAUUGGUCUUGGCUUUAUGGUUAAUGGCUCACGGCAUGAUUUCUAUUCCUCGAAAACGGUGGAUUGAAGGAAAUCUUAUUCAAAAUUUAAACCAUUAUUACAUGCGAGUUCCCAAAUUGGUGGAUAUUUUAGAAGAUACGAAGAGUGAAUUUAAAGAAGAUAUUGUUCAAGUGAUGCUUCUCAAGGAGAAUUUUACUGAUGCAACAAUUGCUGGUGACUUUCAGUUUCGUGACUGGAUCUUGGACCUUGAAGCUCAAAUACCAGAUGAACUCAAAGAAGCUGCCAUGCGACAAUUCGUUUAUUCCCAUGAAACGACAAUAAAUCGAGAGCAAAUCACGGAACUGUUUAUGUCUAACUUGACUUACAAGUUCCAGACUCAUUUUUACAAACUACUGGCUCACUCAUCUGAUUAUGACCUCAUUUUAAAGAGAAUAGUCCAAUUGCAGACAAUAAUUGAGGCAAGAUGUAGUCAGAACUGGGAUGAUAGGAUGAACAUACUACACGCAAAUGGAAAUGAUUACUUGCCGAGAUUCAGCUUCUAUGUUCAGUGUUAUGGCAUUCCCCUAUUCGCACGCGUGCAAUCUAGUAUGAUUUACCUAUUAUCUUUCAUCAUUAUUGAGUCUGAAUUUUUCCAUUCAACAAAAUUAUCGCUCAUUAAUGUGAUCACUUAUAAUAUGGGUAUUUUCAGACAUAAUCUUAUCCAGGCAACUUUUUUACUGUCCAUUUUUAUGUACAUGUUAUUUUGUGCAAUUAGUUCGCUCGCUGCGCUAAAAGUUUUCAACAUGUACCACUUGGUGCCAAGACACUCUGAUCCUGUGUCAGCUUGUUUUUACGGAUCAUAUAUUGCUCGGAUGACUAUUCCUUUAUCUUACAACUUCAUUGCAUUAUUUACAACUAGAAAAUCUAUCUUUGAAGAAUGGUAUGGACAAUCCAUUCAUUUGUCUGGUUUGUUUAAUUCGAUGAACAACUGGAUUCCGCGUCUUCUUUUUAUUCCUAUUGUCUUAACAUCUUUCAACUUGUACGACAAAAUUAAAACUUUGCUUGGACUUAAGACAGAUAUGUAUAGCUGGGCAAAUUUUGAUGAUGAGGAAUUUGAUGAUAGUACAUAUGACCAAGAGCGACAGCAAAGCAACAGAAAAGAGUUGAUGAUAGUUGAAGCCAAACGGCUUGUCCAAAUGGAGUUAAAACGCCGGGGGAACCAGGCUUCUGGGUACAACAGGUAUUCUCGUGUUGAAGGGAGUAUAGCCCCCCCACCAGAGGCUGAUGCCCACAUAGCAGACAGUUAUCCAAAAGCGUUAGUGCAGACUCAACUGAAUGGGAACAUAUUAGAGCCAGGAUCAACCAUAUUGAGUCGUCUAGGCGAAACUUUCGGUGGCUUUAAAAACGCAGUCAGUUCCAAAUUCAGCAAUUCGCGAUUGCAAGGAGAUAUGUCUUUGCAAUAUCAUGAUUAUGAUACUGAUGCUGAUGAUAAUCUAAUUGUAUAA